UUAGGCAUGAAAUUAGACCACAUUUUAAAAUCGUAACCGAUAAGUAAAUACGCGUCAGUGUUGUGCAGUGUGCACGUAGUACAAGUUAUUGCCACUAGGUGGUGAUUCGUUCCCAUAUGCGAUCUACAGUUAUUUUUCAGCCACAAAUUUUAGUUACGCACAUUUUGCGAUCGCUGUUGAAAAUGUCGGAAAUUGAAGAGGAAAAUAAUCAAUACCUGAUGGAUACAGGUGUGCUACCACGUUUGCUGGAGAUACUGGAGCAAAUGGCGGAUAUUGAGCCGCCACCAGAUGAUCCGUUAAUGCACAUUCUGCACGCAUUGGGCUGCCCGGUCAUACCGCAGUCCCAGAUGAAGGCACUCGAACGCAAAGUUUCGCGCGCCCACGACGAGCUUCGCAACCUACGCCGCCUGCUCAUCGAUUUGGGUGGCGAGGAGUUCCUCUACGAUAGCGACAGCGACGAGGAGCAGUAUGUGGGAUCCGUGACGGCCUUGGGACUGCCACAAAUUACCACGCACCCUAACUCUCCGCCAGCGGGUCUGCGCCGCCGCACCUCUUCCUUUGCGACUGAGGACUCGUCCCCAACACUCUCGCCCUCAUCGUCGCCGCCACCACCACCACUGCCGCCACAAUACUAUGUGGAUGCAGCCAUCGUUGCUGUGGAACAGCCAGCGGUUUUACAAGAAACUGAACCGCCAGCGGUUGAUGAUGAUGAGAAGCCGUGCUGCAGUCGAUCGGUGUGCAAGAAUUUGAGUUGAUUUGUUUAUAAUUUUUAAGCUACAUCAAGCGCCCGCUAUUAUGUAUGGAGUACAUAAUCUAUGAGGCGAAUAUAUUUGCAGUAAGAAGUCGUCAAUAGUAAGCUCCCGAUUAUGUGUGGAGUAUUUUAGCCAUAAGUAAAGAAUGUUUUACUCUCGAACUGAUGUGGAGUGUGAAAUGGAAAUGAAUUUCUAAAUUUAAAUGUGGUUUAUACAAAAAAUACUUAGUUUUCUAUUAUGUAUGGAGUACAUAAUCUUUAAGGCGAACAUUGUCAAAGGAAACAACUAAUAAUGUUGAGAUUCCAAAAUAUGAAACUAUAUAUGCAGUAAGAAGUCGUUAAUAGUAAGCUCCCGAUUAUGUGUGGAGUAUUUUAGCCAUAAGUAAAGAAUGUUUAACUCUCUAUCUGCUGUGGAUUAUGAAAUGGAAAUGAAUUCCUAAAUUUAAAUGUGGUUUAUACAAAAAAUACUUAGUUUUCUAUUAUGUAUGGAUUCUAUAUAUUAAUAACUUAAAAUUAAUAAGUUAACGUCUGAUUAUGUUUGAAGUAAUUCCCCAAUUUCGACUCUUGCAAAAGAAAUGUUAUCAUAUUAUGUAAGAAGCACAUGAAGUUAUUAACUAAAUAAUAAUACAUUUUACAAUCAUGUAGAGUAUAAAAGAAAUCAGUAGCUAAUUGAUUGAUUGCCUGAUUUCUGACUAUGUUGAAAGGCAUAUGUAUGAAAGAAUAAUAAGCCCUAAAUAAUGUUAAAUUGUUCAUCAUGUAACGCCUAUUGAAGCAAAAUUGGCAAUUAUUUACUGAGCCUCGAUUAUGUGUGAGGAAUACAGACAUUUAUGUGAAAUAAAUAACGAUAAACGUUAAA